AUGAAAAAUUAGUCAACUAAUAAAAUUAAAAAAUUACAAAACUUAACACAACCAAAACAUAAAACAUGAGCACAUUCAACGGAGAAAUUGCACAGAUUCCUGGAAUAUCAGUUGAUCAUUUCGAAUGUUGUCAACAGAAUUGUUAUUUCUUAUCUCAUUGUCACACAGAUCAUAUGAAAGGAUUAUCUGAGCUUCAAACAGAUGCACCAGUGUAUAUGACUACAAUAUCAGCUCUCUUUGUCAAUAAAAAAUAUCCAGAUCUUAAGAUCAACAUUAAAACAUUGGAAUAUGAUCUUCCGGUUGUGGUUGAAGACAAAGGUGUUGUGAAAAGUUUUGUGGUCACAGCUUUAUCAGCUGGUCAUUGUGCGGGUUCAUGCAUGUUUUUAUUCCAACUCGAUAAUUGUAAUAUUCUCUAUACCGGUGAUUUCCGUAUAUCAUUGAAAAACAGGGAAACGUUAAAAUUGAUUGAAGACAUCAAAAAACAUUCCAAUUUUGUUUUGUACAUUGAUUCAACGUUCUUCAAUCAAAGUUAUCCCGAGUUUCCAUCUCAAUCCGAAAGCUGUGUGAAAAUUACAAACAUUAUAGAAACAUUCUUGUCACGAUCAAAAAUUAUUCAAGUUCACAUUCAUACACCUGCACGAUAUGGAUACGAAAGAUUGAUAAUUGAAAUAGGAUUAAAGUUAAAGAUGAAAACUUUAAUCCAUGAAGCUGAAAUAUUUGAGCAAUAUCUUAGAAUUCCACAAAUUGCUUCAUCUGUCACAAUGGAUCAUCAGGAAACAAGAAUUUCUUUAAAGCCUAAGUUCGUUUCAAGCUUAUUUCAAGAAAACACAAAAGGCACAGAUAAUGUCUUAAAUCUUCACUUAUCAGCAAUGUUUUGGUCUAAUUGGGAUGGAGGAUCUUUUGUUCGAAAAAUCUCAGAAAAUUCAUUUCGAGUUUGUUAUGCAACUCACAAUAGCUUCAAUGAGAUUAAAGAUUUCGUCUUAUCAGUAAAACCAAAAGAAGUUUAUUUGAAUGUGAUGCCAAAUAGCUUUGAAGAAAGAAAUAUUAUGUUGAAACAGCUCGACAUGAUAAAAAGUCAGUAUUUGCAAGAUAAGAAGAAACAACAAACACUUGACAGACCGAUUUUUUCUUUCAAACGUUUGAGACGAAUGCAUACAACAGAAGCAUCAGAAGAAGAAACUUAAUUAGUCAUAAUUAACGAUCACCAUGUGUUCAUUAGUACCUAAAAAUAAGCUUUGUCAUUAGCAGUUGUAAAUUAUUAAUAAAAUAAGAAUUUUUUCAUU